CAUGACAGUGGAAACCGAAUCCAGCAACAUUGAUGACUCAAAUCAGGAAGCAGAUCCUGCCCAGGUUUUGGAUGACGAAGCAGACAAAAAUCUACCAGUCAAAAAGAAGACUUCCUGUUGCACUGGCUUGAAGGCAUUUCUCGCUGCUUUAUCAUUCAGCUACUUGAGUAAAACUUUGUCUGGUACGAUUAUGAAAAGCUCUAUCACUCAGAUUGAACGAAGGUUUGACCUGACAUCCUCUACUGUUGGUUUCGUCGAUGGGAGCUUUGAGAUGGGUAACUUGCUGGUGAUUGCAUUUGUAAGCUACUUUGGAGCUAAACUUCAUAGGCCCAAAGUAAUCGCUGCUGGAUGCUUUACUAUGGCUUUGGGAAGUCUUUUAACAGCAAUGCCUCAUUUCUUCAUGGGAUACUAUAAGUAUGAGACAGCAUCACAUACGGCUUCUUCAGCCAACUUAACUUCAAGCAUGAAUCCCUGUUCCCUACACCAAGGUGUGAACAAAACCUUGUUGGAAGUCUCACGAUCAGGCUGUGAGAAGGAACCAUCAUCAUAUAUGUGGAUAUAUAUCUUACUGGGAAACAUGUUACGUGGAAUUGGUGAGACACCAAUAACACCAUUGGGCAUCUCUUAUCUUGAUGAUUUUGCUAAAGAAGAGGAUGUUCCUGUGUAUGUAGCAUGUUUGCACACAAUAGCCAUGUUGGGCCCAAUGUUUGGUUUCCUGUUGGGAUCUUUAUGUGCAAAACUGUAUGUGGAUAUUGGAUUUGUGGAUUUAGGAAGCAUCACUAUCACCCCACAGGAUUCCCGCUGGGUGGGUGCAUGGUGGCUUGGUUUUUUAAUAGCUGGAGUAACCAAUUUCCUAGCUGCUGUUCCAUUUUGCUUCCUGCCGAAGAGUCUGAAAAAGCCAGAGGAAGCCAAUAAUGGCAAAACUUCACUUGGUCUCUUGGAAAACAUGGGCGCCACAAGGAAGAAGCUUUCUCCUGCAAAAUCUAAGCCAAGGAAGUGGUCAGUAGUAUUGAAAGAUUUCUAUACCUCCCUGAAAAAAGUAUUGAGUAAUCGAAUGUACUUUACAUUGUUGUGUUGCUCAGUGUUACAGUUCAGUAGCUUUAUUGGGUUCUUGACUUACAAACCAAAGUACAUGGAACAGCAGUAUGGACAAUCUACAUCUAAAUCUAACUUUCUAAUAGGGUUGACAUCCUUACCUCCUGUAAGUAUUGGGAUUUUCCUAGGAGGGCUCAUAAUGAAAAAGUACAAAAUGAGCAUCAUUGGAGCAACCAAGUUUGCAUUUAUCAUGUCAUUUUUGGGCUACACCAUUGCUCUCUUGCACUUUUUUGUUGGCUGUGAGAAUCAUGUGGUAGCAGGAAUGACAGUGUCCUAUGAAGGCAAACCCAUUCCAUACCAUGAAAAUGACAUAUUUUCUGAGUGCAACUCUGACUGCAAGUGUGCCUCCAAUGUGUGGGAUCCUGUGUGUGGAGACAACGGACUCACAUACGUUUCGGCAUGCCUAGCUGGGUGCACAGCUUCGGUGGGACAUGGAAAGAACAUGGUCUUCCAUAACUGCAGCUGUAUUGCAGCCAGCAAUUCAUGGACAGGAAAUAACUCUGCCACCCUGGGGCAAUGUCCAAAAAGUGACGAUUGUUCAAAUAAGUUUAUUUAUUACACAGUAAUACAGGUCAUAAGUGGCUUUUGUUAUGCAUUGGGAGGUACCCCAGCAUACAUGAUUAUGUUUAGAUGCGUUCAGCCAGAGUUGAAAUCUCUUGCAGUUGGUCUAUACACACUUAUUAUGAGAGUGCUAGCUGGGAUUCCAGCGCCGGUUUAUUUCGGUGCACUGAUUGACAAAACGUGCUUGAAAUGGGGAAGCACAAGCUGUGGGCAGCGAGGGGCUUGCAGGCUAUACGACUCCGAUGCAUACAGGUAUGUCUUCCUUGGUUUAGCAGCGGUGUUAAGAGGUCCUUCCUACUUGAUUUCAAUUGUUUUUUAUAUAUUGAUAAAGAAACACUUUCAAAGUAAGAACUCCAGGCCUAUAGAGAAUGGAGGAAUAGAGGAUGUUCCUAUGAAUAAAGAAGAUAAUUGCAAGAUCAAAGAACGUUUGCCAGGUUCUCCUGAUGCAGAGAAUGAAUCUUGUAUUUAGAAAGCCAUUUGGGCCAGUGUCACACGAAUCAGGACGGCUUCUUUUAGAAACAACUUUCACAAUGUUACGAAUAACUAAAUAAUAAAUAAUAACACUGUCCGGAAAGUAAAACUAACAGUAAACCUGUGAUCAACAACAAGAAAAACUAACAUACAGGUAUGAAAGUGCCUUACGUGUACCUGGUUACCAAUAAGAGACAGAACAAGUUACAUGAACCGAAUCAAAUUCUCGACAGAUAAAAGAAAACCUUCCUUGGCAUUUCUGAUAGAGCCAGUCUGCAGUUUUUAAAGAGGUCAAAGAUGACUGCUGGCAGAACAGUCACAUGCCAAAGGCCCACAAACUGUGUUGCUGAUCCUGUACACAAAUCCAUGCAGUAGACUGCCGUGGGAACGACAAGCUCAAGGCUAACAGCAGUGUUCUGAUUUCAUCAAAUUUAUCAGCAUUCACCACAAAACCAAAGCCUUUAAGCAAAACGUUUCCACCUUAUCUAAAUGAAUCAUUGCAACAGUUUUCCAUUGCAAAAUUGACAAAAGCAAAAAUUUUUCCGAGAAGCGUUUUAUCUCAGCUCAGCUGAAAAUUUUAUGCCUACUGGAAACUACAAGUAGGUUGCCCUAAAGGAAAUAUUGUUUUUAAAAAUCUCAGAGCUGUAGAAUUUAUUAAAACUAAUUUAUUUUUUUUUCAGUUAAGUGACUAUGAACCAUAAGAAGUAAUCUCAAUUUUGUAGCGAUGUUGUUUUUCUAAGCAAAAUCCGUCCAACGUAUGCUGGUGGCUUUAUUGCUAUGCCUCAUGCUGUCCAGCAGAGGACACCCAAACAACACCGUUGCCCCUGUGACUACUGCAAAUGCUCCACGUAAUUUGUCAGGCUCAGUCUUUACUGUUCUGGGAGAAGUUUCAGGAUCAGGCAGGCAAAACACUCACCUGUGUUUUCACGCACCUUAAAACUUUCUCAGCCCAAGCCUUUAGCUCAUAUAUUCAGAGUCGCUUUCGUGUAUUUGCCAGUUUGCGUUCGUCACAUUUGCGUCACUCGGAGCUUGACAACUGUUGUUACUUUAAAUAAAAAGAUGUGUACUUGUGUACCGUUUCCCAACAGUGAUUGGAUUUGCCGGUUGAUGCUUUAAAAUAGAUGCUCAAGGCUCAGUGGGAUAUGGUUAGUAGACGUGUUAGAUAAAAAAAGGUUACAGCAAGCCAAAUGCUGAGUUGUUCUAAGUGUUGUCUGUCAUGACAGUCACUUAGUAGUGAUUGCAGCAGCUGAAGGAAAAAAGAACGGGGCUUUUUUUCCAAAUGAAGUGAUAUUUACUGGAGGCAGAGAUUCUCCAUCUGGCAAAAUUGAUAUGACGCUGCUUUGUCUUUUCUUACACUUGCAUUUCUAAAUGUUUUGAUAUAUUCAGAUAUAGCCAUGGGACCUAAAGGAAUGAACCACCUUACCUAAGUACGGAACUUGGGAGUGAGUUUUGUCAGGGAAACUAAUUGCAAGUGCCUAGUUCUGUUUGUCUUUCAGCUGCUUUGUCCAGAUGAUAUUUUUUUAACAUGUUUUGGUGCGCAUGGAAUUUCCUAUGGUGUCUUUAAAAGCCAGGGGUUUGGGUGAGAUAUUUCUAACCGACACUCUGUAACCUUUGAAAACAUAUUUUAUGCAACAAAAUAUACCAGUUUUAACUGAAAACAAGAGCUAAUUCCAGAUGACAGAUUAUGAGAAUUAUGCACGAGGGAUCAAUGAUGUCAAAAGAAAGUGUUAUGGCCUGCAGCAGAUUUAGGAAGCUAUUACUCCAGACUCAUGUGGCCAAGGAGGUGUCAUUAAACUGGCCUCUUUGGAUACAGAGAUGAAGUCUGGUACAAGAAGGUGAUAACCUGCUUAUUGAUGUUUUUUUCCCCUUUCGUGUGGAAUAAAGAAGUCAGGGUGCAAAGCCCAGCUGUCUUUGUGUGCCACAGCAGCUCAGUACCUGAGAGAGAGAGAAAGUGAGCAACGCUUUGAUUUGUUGUCAGCCUUGAAAAAAUUGUGGCCUUCCCUCUAUCAUUAAAAAGCUGCAACUGUAGAUCAAGGGUCUCCGGUGGAAGCGGACCAAACAGGACAACUUAUUUCCUCUCACGCUGCAAUUCUGCAAGUAACGUUUUUGCUGAUGCUGUGUCCCGGGAGCCCUUGCUGCACGAGAAGCACUGUGCACACACACGUGCACGCACAAGUGCAUGCAAACGCACAAAACGGCGAUCUCCGCUGCAAGAUGCGUGCAUUUGAGGUAGGGCAAGGUAUAUAUUGCCAAGCAGGAAAUCAGCAAGAAGUAACGAUAACUGCUGCUAAGCAUGUUCAGGAGAGACUUGAAGAAAACUAAAGAGCUAAGUUUGAGCAUCUUUAAAAUUCUGGGAGGAAAGCCUAGAGACUUUUUUAAUUGUUCUUUUUGGGGGGAGAACAAUUACUCAGUGGAAAGAUGGACACGAACAUGUUUCAGCAAUAACCUGUCACUGCAGCCACACUUUUUACAGACUGAGUAAGUAAAAUUAAAUGCCUACAUCUUCUCUUUCAUCCACUGAUGUAAACAUAUCCGUAGCUCCCUUUGCUCAACUCUUCAGAAAGACAGGCCAACUUUAUUUGGGGGCCUCCCUUCAGGUACUGAGGCAUUGAAUAUUAGGAGCAAUGCCUCUAAACCCGGAGAGGCAGAGUUUACAACCGACAAAACUGGAAAUUGUUACAGAAAUUUUGGGGGGUGGAGGUGGGGUUUUUCGUGUGUUUUUUUUCCUGGAUAGGUGGUGUUUCUUGGCAAACAGUGUGAGAAAAAAGGGUUUUGUCUUUCACACUCCAAGUGCCUAAGCCUUACCCCUCUCUGUGUUGCUGAUUUGGCCCAAGACAGGCCGGGUGAGACCCCUGCACAGCCAGCCUCAGCAGCAGUACAGGUACCUGUUGAACAGACGCAUCCCUGUGUUUCCAGAACUGAGAGCUUACCAGCAACGUAAGUUUAUUGCAAGCAUUAAGCUCUGAGCUUCAUAAAAGAGCAUGAAAAGGAAGGAAAAUUAUAAAGAGUGCUCUUUCAGAGUAGAAUGGAUGCAAGCAAAGAAAAAGAAAAGCUGAAAGCAUUUGCGUGACGAGCUCUAGAAGAGGAGGAGCAAAUCAGAAAUUUGAUGAAAAGUUUAAGAAAUUUUCUCCCCCCGCCUCCCCCCGCUAAAAAAAAAAGCCACAGUAAAGCUGACAUGCUGUGGACUGCAAAAUAAAUUAACUGUGUUAAUUUAAUGGGUGAAAGGAAAAAAACAAAAACAAAAAAACAAAACACAAAAAGAAGAAAAGCCUUUUUACUAUUUUGCUACUUUCUGUGUCUAAAGCAGGCCAGGGAAUUAUGCUUGUCCUUUCUUUUAGUGCACAGGAAAGUAACUAUAUUGAAUCUUUUCCACUUAUUAAAAAGUAUCUGGUGUCCAGAAGCAAUAUAGAAAUACUUUUGGAGCUAAGCACGCUUAGAUUGGAGUGCUUUUGGAUGAGUGUCUACAUCUCAAGACAAAGCUGAAAUACACAAAAGAAGUGGUUUUCUAAGGCUGUGUCCGGUGCCAUGAGAAAGGCUUUUACGUAGUAUAUACAGCCCCAGAGAUGUUACUCUAGUUUUAUUCUGAAGCUGAAUCUACAUGCAAUAAAAUACAUCACAGACGUAUGACACAAUACAAAACCAAUAACUUAAUCUGUCAGUUUUAUUUUGGUGACCAGUAUUUUGUCUAGUGGUGCAAAUCCAUCCACUGUGAAUCACUUUACCUACCUGUCCAAGCUGGCAAAUGGGCCCAUUAAUGCUCAACCGAAACAGUGUUAAAGGUUAGCUCUUUUCUUUUAUUUCAGAAUUUAUAAAAUGGAUUUCUUGGCAUAGUUGCCAUCUGUCAUGCAUUUAUCCAUAGCAGCAUAACAUCAGAUGGUG